UACAAUAGUCUAAGUAACACUUUAUGCUCAUUCAUUAACCUUUCUCAAAAAAGGUUUGCUAUUUGGGAUUAAUAGAAUCCAUGGUUUGAUUCUUGGAUGCAGAGAAGAAUUUAGGCCGCAUUUGUGCACAAGGCCGCCUUUGCAGGGUUCGCUCCGCGUUACGCUUAAUCUUUACCCUAGGUGGCACGCGAUCUAAAAAAAAACAUAUCAGGACUGCCCGAUAUUUUGUUUUUCGUGGUAAGAAUUUAAUGUUGACAUAGAGUCUAGAUCUAGAUCGAGUUGAAGCGUAUUUACAUUAUUUCAACACCUAAGAGUCUAGUACUUGUAAAAAAAACAGUACAGUGUAGUGUCAAUCAGUGGGUCAGAUUAUAGUCCUAGAUCUAGCAGCAAUCUAGAUCUAGCUAAAUCAAACUGUCCUUUAACCUUUAGGCCUAGCUAUCUAGCAUGCGUGAUAGUAGAUCUAAGUCUAUAUUAUUUUUACACUAUGUGAACUUAAAAAAAAUAUUUCAAUUUGCUUGAGGGGUGAGGAAGAGAGAAGUGAAGACAGCAAUCUCGUGAACUUGUGUUCAUUCUAUGAACAUUUAGGUCUGCUGAGCUCACAGUGACCUCGCCGACUGUGGGCUGUGGUGGGAUUUUCCACUCACGGGAUAGUAAACGUAAGGCAAGCAAGCAAUGACGACAGUGACGAUGUUUGAAAAUUUUAUUUAAAAAAAAAAAACUAAUCAUAGUCUACAUCAUAUUUUUAAUAUGAAAAAAAAAAAUGUAAAAAAAAAAACUAGUGCCAGCCGAGCUAACCCCGGAUUUGAACUCGGAACUCCGGGUCUAUGAACUAGUCUACAGCUGGCACACUGUUGACUCAAACACCGGAUGUGAGAGUUAUGCAAAAAGUAUUAAAGGUUAGGUAUGGCUGACAUUAUAUCGAGUGAUUUGAAACAGAGCCUAGUGCUGCGCCUACCCCCCUUAUUGAAAAAGAUUUUGGUUCGGUGGAAAAAUGCACUGAAUCAUGAGAGUUGGGUCUUAGAAAAAAUGAUGGAAUUGUUUUGUAAAUUUAUAGCUCCUAACAAGCUACUGAUUGAAGAAGUGGAUUUUGUUGGGUUUCUUCAAGGCUUUUAUCAAGAGAUGAAUCUAAUAGACUACCCUGAUUUUGUGAUGAAUAAUGUGUCCCUAAUGGCUAGCCAGAUGAUUCUAUCUACUCACAACCUAGGGGUAGCUGGAGAUAUUGCAUUUCAAGUCAUUAGAAGCCCCUUGUACUACAUGAUGGUCAACAGAGGCCAUAGAGUAGAUGUAACAUUUAACAUUUACCUCAAAUUUUUAAAAUCAAACUCAGCCAUUUCCCAUUUGGAAAGUGUUGAUUUUGACACUGAUGCAUCAGUUGCCUAUGCAUUGGUCAGUCCACAUAACUACACAAGGAAAUCAGCUGCACAUUAUCUUACUGCCCUGGUUCAACUCAGUUUUCAAGAAACUUCCACUCCGCUCAGGAGCCAAGUCAAGAAGAAAUUGAAACGGCAAAUCAUUGACCUCAUCCUCAAGUUGACCACUACAUUGAGUCAGCAGUUGAUUGAGAGAAAUAUGUAUGAAAUGGCAGUCUACAACAACUUUUUCCACCUUCUCAGUCUAUGUGCAGCUGCAUGUCCAGAGUUUUGUCAAACGUUCUCCUCGACAGAUCUCUUUGACAGAGUCAAUAUUUGCCUGAAAGUGCUGGCUCCACAUGUUCAAGACAGCACAAAUUUCUUGGCCUCUACUGCAGAAGUACUCCUCAGGCUGUGCCAUUAUGGGUCAGAAUUGAUGAAAGCACCAAGACUGGGGUUACUGAAGGAAACGCUUGUCUCUUUAGCCCAGAUGGAGAACCUGGUCUCUGACCUUGUCAUUUUUGCUGGCAAGAUACUUGAUGAAUGUAGUUGUGAAGCUGCUGACUUUAUCUGGGAGCUUUCACUUCUUCCUUUAUUUUGUUUACUGGACACAGCACCUUUAGCAAUUGUUCAAAACUGUCCUUUAGUUUUGGCAAGGACGCAAUCUAUUUUUAGAUCCAAUAAAAGAGAUCAGAUAUCAACUCUGCUAAAGCUUGGCAUUGAUAAUUUGCUGAACUCAGUGCAGGUGAAAGGCACUACCAAUGCAGCCUGUGUUGAGUACUUGAAGCUGAAAACACUUGAUUGUCCGCCCUUGCUCAAACAGUCUCUGCUCUGUAACGGACUUGUGUCUUCUGAUCACUGUCUGACUUAUUUAGUCCAGCUCUUCAAGAAACACAAGAAAGGACCUGGAGAUGAAGAGAGUCUACAUCAACUACAUGUCUAUCUUCAAUAUCUUCAAGCCUGCUUAAACAUGCCAGGUCUUGUUUGCCCUCAGCUGACAAUCCUUCUCAAGUCCUAUGUGUCACUUGUAACACACAGCAAUCAUUUGACUACUGGACAUCUACAAGAUCUUUGCAAUCUUUUACAACUCAAGAUGUUUGACAUAGAUAGCAAUAUUCAAGAGCUAGCAGUAGAAAUUGUUACAGAACUAUUUUUAUCUGAGGCUGAAUGUGUGAGGUUGGCAGUAGAGCAAUCUGGCCUUCUCUUCUCACUCUGGCAGUGUCUAGAAAGUCUGGUCACCUCAGUACUGACAGCUCUUCUAAACAUUGUCAAUAAAUGUUGUCUUGGACACUUCUUAUCAUCAAUUAAUUUAACUCAGGAAACAAUGGCAUUGAAAGUUGGAGAGUUAUUGUUAGCAAGACAUUGUUGGGAUGACAUGAAAAGUCUGGCAUUUAAGUUGCUAGCAAAACUCUGUCCAGUCCAUCUAGUUAACUAUGCUAGGCUAUGUCUGCUAGAGUCCACUUCAUCCUUCUCAUUAGCAGUGGUAGAGUACAUCAAGCUGCAAGUGCAGGAGACACUGUCAGAUGGGCAGGUGCAGGUGACAGCUGGGCAGGCGACAGCUGGGCAGGUGACAGCUGGGCAGGUGACAGCUGGGCAGAUGACAGCUGGGCAGGUGCAGGAGACAGCUGGGCAGGAGACAGCUGGGCAGGUGCAGGAGACAGCUGGGCAGGAGACAGCUGGGCAGGUUGACCAGAUGAAAAGUUUGCUGAUUCUGGGCUGGGCUGAUCUGUUACUGGCCCUGGCCAAUAGCCAGAAUGUUUGCUGCUUGAGGGAAUCUGUUCAAGUCAUAGAAUCCAUUCUCACAUUUAUGGAGGACAAAAGAGUCAAUGAGAUGAUUGCUAAGCAAGUAGAAAUGUUUUGUUCCUCCAAGCCUAGAAAGUUAAAGAGAUGUAAUCUUGGCCAGUAUUUCAGUGAAAUGUGUCAGUGUAUCUUGGCUGUGUACGGCCAUCCAGCACACCCUGACAGCACAGCUAAGAGAAUCCAAAGAGACAUUGAGAUGAAUCAAGUUGCUAUUUCUUUAAUGCAGACUGUGGUCAAUGAAAACUUGGCUGAGUGGAAGCAAGUGUCUUGUCCAGCAUUAGAAAAAGAUGAGUUUCUAGAUUGUACCAAGGAACUUCACCCAUGGGUUCUAAACCAGGAAGCUCUAACCUCUCAGAAGCUGAUCCAGGAAUUUGUCUCUCCAGAAUAUUUCAAGACUCCUGCAAUAGAACUGAUGGCAUGGUUUGUCUUUAGAGCUGUAUUUCAAGCUCUCAACCCAGGCACCCUUAGAGCGGAGGCCAUGCGAAGUACAGAUGAAUAUGUUAGAACACCACUUAUGGUGCUGGAAGAUUUGCAGCAAGUCUUAGAUACAGCUUUUCAACAUUCUAAGCAAGAAUUGGAAACAGAAAUGUGCCAAUUUUUUGUGGUACAGUUUUCCUUCUUUUUAUCCUGCUCAGUAAAUGACUUGGCUGGCUCAGUAAAUGACUUGGCUGGCUCAGUAAAUGACUUGGCUGGCUCAGUAAAUGACUUGCUAAAGCUGACAGGUUGUAUGAGCACAAUCUUCUGGGUGUUGGAUGAUUCUAGCAACUUUAUUGAUUUUCUUUUGACGGAGAGAAAGAAUGUAUUUGCUGAGCCAUCUGAGACUGGGGCCUCUUGUUUCCUUGACAACUACCUGGAUCAGCUGAAAUUACUCCGAGAGUUUGGAAUAAGCGUUCUCUUCAAGAAGUCCUCACCCCCUCUAGGGCUGGCACAUUACUUGCAUUUGUUCAAACAGGAAAAAAACAAGCAAAAUGAAACUAGCAGGCUGGCGGGUGUUGAGUUGUUGAGCCAGCUAAAACUGAGUUUUCAAACUUGUGACUGGAACAUUGCUGAAUCUAGACUCACUGUCUAUCUCCAGCAUCUAGAGCCCAGUGAGUUAUCUGUUCUUGCUCAAGUCAUGGCCUCAGGUCAUGUUGGAGCAGAAAGUCUGGCUAGAGCUUUGGCUCGUGUCAAAAGCCAGGAUCCAAAUGUCUGGUUUGAGGCAGUGUUGAAUUAUUUCCUGACCCUGGGGAAAGUGCUGCUUGUCAACUGGCUGACAAGUGAGGAGAAAACAAGGGAAGCAACCAAAUCAUGCAUUCUCUUGUCAUUUCAAGAGUUUGAGGAAUCUCUUACACCAGCUGAUGACUAUGACAGCCAUGAUGAUCCUGCUGCUUUAGAUUGUUUUUAAAUUGCUCUGUACUUUUAAGGUGUACACCUUAUAAGUUCAUGUAAACUCAGCAGAAAAAACUUUCGUCUGUGUAGCUCAAAUGUCACUUAUCACUUCAUUUUUUUCUAUAAUAAGAAGCUCUUGUAUACUAAAUAGCUUCAUACCAUUCAAAAGUACAUUUUAAACCCUCUAAUUUCUGCGUUCAUAUUAUUUUUUAUAUUAAACAAUAUCUCAUUUUUAAAUUGAAAACUAUGUUUAAGAUGAUUUUUAG